AUAUUUUGAUAUCAAAGAUAUGUUCAAAGUACUUGAUACUUGUUAAUUUUGUCGGUCGAUUGACAAUUGUCACAGGGCAACCAGUUGAAAAAUAAGUCCCUAAAUUUUGUAAAAUUUCUGUUUGUGCUGCCUCCACUCGUAUUAAUUGCUAAAAGUAAUUUAUUCCGCAUAUUUAUUGAAGCCAUUAUUAGUAAAUGGUGAAUAAGUAUGGAUAUCAAGACCCUGAAGCAACUGUACACCAAUCAGUUCACGCUGUCGAAGUUCAUCGCAGGGAUUGUGACUGCCAUAAACAGUAAGGAUCCACAGAGACAACUUCUGGGCAUGGAGCUGGCGCGCAAAUUGGCCUGCAACGAGAGCAAUCCACCCAUUGAUCUAAUGAUUGGCCAUGGAAUUGUACCAAUCUGUGUACGUUUUCUUAAAUGCAACAGCAACGAUCUGCUUAAGUUUGAGGCAACCUGGAUUUUGACCAACAUUGCUGCCGGUACAUCGGGUCAGACACAGUGUGUCAUCGAUGAGAAUGCGGUGCCGCUUUUAAUACAUCAUCUUCAGUCUGAUAAUAUGUAUAUAGCUGAGCAGGCUGUUUGGGCACUGUGCAACAUUGCCGGUGAUGGUGCUCCGGCACGCGACAUCGUCAUUCAGCAUAAUGUGAUCGGUGGCAUUCUGCCACUGAUCAAUAAGGGAAUGCCACUCUCAUUGCUGCGCAAAAUUGUUUGGCUAAUGGUAAAUUUGUGCGGCAAACGCCCAUCGCCAACCUUGGAGCAAGUGAAGCGCCUGUUGCCAAUGCUCUCCGAAUUGCUGGUCUCCAAUGACUCGAAGGUUCAAUCCUGUGCUUGCUGGGCGCUGUGCUCGGUGACGCAUGAUGAUAAACUACAAGCUGUAAUCGAUGCGAAAACAGUGCCACGCUUGGUGCACCUACUGAAAUCUGUUGAGCUGGACAUUUUAUAUCCAGCAUUGCGUUGCGUUGGCCUUAUUGUUGCUGGCACUGAUCAACACACCGAUGUGGUCAUCGCAGCUGGGGUAUUGCAACCACUUGGCCAGUUGUUGGAACACUCCGAUCGCAAUAUAGUCGAGUUGGCUGCUUGGACUGUCAGCAAUAUUACGGCUUGCAAUCAGGCACACAUUCAGGCCGUCAUUGAUUCGGGCAUAUUUCAGCAGCUAUGCCACUUGCUGGGGGUGAAUAAUAUCAAGGCACGAAAGCAGGCCGCCUGUGCGGUGAGCAAUACGACCAUAUCUGGUACAUAUGAGCAAGUUGUGGAUCUCCUAGACAAGUACAAGAUAUUUAAGCCAUUCGUUGAUUUACUUGAUGUCCCGGAUCCACACACUAUCAUGGUGGUGCAAAUAGGUCUAUCCAAUCUAUUCGAUUUAGCCAAGAACCUGGGCGACCCUAAGGACAUAUUUCUUAUGUUCGAACAGUUAGGUGGCCUUGAUAAGCUGGAGAAGUUGCAGCUGCACGAAAGUGAGGAUAUCUAUGAGAACGCCUGUGACAUUAUCAGUAAUUACUUUUCCGAAGCUGAGGAGGACUCAGAACAGCCGGUGAUUAAUGACGGAGUGGAGUUUAAUGCCACACAGCCAAGGAAGCCCGAUGGCGGUUAUAGCUUCUAAAAGUCACAAGUGGCAGCAAGAAUAGGACACACAACCCACCCAGACACACACAACAUGUUAUUUGUUAGUCUCAAAUAUACCCAAAGUGUGUAUAGUUAAAAUUGUUUGUACUACAUUUCCACAAAACACAUCCUGGACGUGUUGCUGUUUUCGUUUUUGUUUUUCUUCCAUAAAUACUAAUUCUAGGAACACGAACUCCUCAACUCGUCUCACAAUCUCUGUUAAGACACUCUGGCUUAAGACACUAUAUACUCGACAUAUAAUAUUAUUAGCUCAGGACGCUGUCUGUUGCGCUUGAGCUGUUUGUUGCCAUUGAACCUCCUUUAACCUUGGUAUAUAUGUGGAUCACAGACACACACACCACUUCCUGUUUUCAUGCCACGCAACUGAACAAUUUGUCCGCAUCAUACAAUAUAAUAAAAACAACAUAAAUCAUUGGCAUUAAACUCUGUUCAAUUUUAUGAU